GUUGGAAGUGAUUUUGGAUAUUUUCCAAAGGAUUUACUUGAAAUAAAUCAUAAUUAUUCCAAUGAGGAGCUAGAAUUACCAACAGAUGAAACAGAUUUUGUUUGCUUUGAUGGCGGAAGGGAUGAUUUUGAUAAUUAUAAUGUGGAUGAGCUUUUGAAGUCAUUGCAAGAAAGGAUAGCAAAUGAAGGGGAAACUGAAUCAAGUGAUCCAGGGACAGAACCAGCUAAAGGAAUUGAAAGGGAUGAGGAAAUCGAAGAGGUUGAUACAAUAAAGUCCCUUGAUGCUUUGGAGCCAGACAAUCUUGAGCUAAGCACAGAAGAUGACAAGGAAGCCCUCGCCAUGACAGAGGAAGUAGACAGUUCUCUUACAGAAGGAACUGAAAAUACUGGGGGAUACUCCAGUGUCAACAGUCACGAAGAAAACUCUCAGGGAGAUCAAAUUGCACAUGAGCACUUGAAAGGAAUGCUACAUGGGAAACUAAAAGGGCUAGAAAGUGAAAAUACCAAAAACACUAGUAUUCCUCAGGGUGAAACCAGUCAACUUGACAAAGAGAAUGAAGAAGUCAAUGCCUAUACACUUUUAAACAGAGAGCUCUCUGUGAACUUGAAAACAAAAUUUGGCUCAACUGCUGAUGCUGUUGUGUCAGAUGAUGAAGUGACUCGCCUUGUUACAUCGCUGGAAGAUGAUUUUAAUGAAGAUUUGAGCAUUAAUGCUCAUGAUGCAGAGGAGGAGCCAGACUUUGCAGAACAGUCUGAAGAAAUCCCUUUGCUGCCUUUUAUGGCAGAGGAAGAAAUGACAUCCCCAGUGGAUUUAGAUGAUGAUGAAAACGAUGGCAUUGAGUCACAAAAUCAUAAACCUGAUGAAGAUGCAAAGGGUGCUACAGAGCUAAAUAACCAAAGAGACAAUGAUGAAGAACCCGAUUCAGAUGCAUUAAUUCUUAAGGAUGCCUUCAGUAGGAGCGAGAAGCCGAGUCACAGUAUAAGUGUGGACAGGUCCAAAUCUAAACAAAGAAAAGAGAAACAGGAUGAGGUGAUGCUAAUUAGUAAAAGAGAAGAACCAGCAUCAACUCAACCUGAGGAUCUCUCCACGGAACUCCUUAGAAAGGAAACUGUAGGUACAGGUGAUCUGAGUUCAAAAGAAAAACUGAACAAAACUGAACAGUUUGAAGAGCAGCUCGUGGUUGAUGGAACCGAGUCACACAGUGAAGAGCUGAAGAGUACAGCUGUGCCUGAUCCUAAUGUUUUGCCUAGUCCAGGAGAUGAUCUGGAGGCCAAAUCAUUUGUUAAAAGCAAGCAAGAUGCUUUAAAACCAUCUGUUGGUGAUAUCAACAAAAGUCCAGAAAGAGUGCUGCUUGCUCAAAUAGAGAAAGAUGAGAAAAAGUUUGAGGAUGACACCUUGGAAGAGGUCUUGGAAAGUGAUUUGAAGCUCAAAAAGUUAUGGGAGAAAACAAUGGAGAAAGGCAAUGCUCAGAACAAGCCGCCUGUUGAUGUUCCAGCCAAACCAGUGGAAGAGGUAAAAAAUGCAUCUCAAAGUGAUUCAGAAGAGACUGACCUCUUGAAAGAGAAACUGGAGCAUGGAAUGCCUGCUGUGGAGAAAGAACUUCUAAGACAUGAAGAAAGUUUGAAACAAAUGUGGGAGACCGAUCAUGAAAAUCAAAAAACCACCUCUCUUAACAAAGAACCUGAAAUAAAAAGGAGAAACAUCAAAGAAACCCCUGUGGGGGAGGGAGACUCAAGCCACGGAGGAGCUGUCGAGCAGCCUAGGCCAUGGGAAAGAGAGACUGAGUAUUCAGAGGCAGAUGUGAAAGAAGAGCUUUCAAGAAAUCUUGGCAAGAUGACAGUAUUUGAAGAAAGCAUUGAGAAAAGUUCCCCUGAAGAAAAAUCAAAAAGCACUACACAGAAUACUAAUACAGCAGAUCUUACUCAGCAAGGAACUGCUCGUACUGAGGAUGCAGAUUCAGGCAGAAAUCUUGGCACGAGUUUAGCUAAAGAAAGAAUACUAAGACCAGAAUUGCAGUCUGAAGAGCCAGAUGCUGAAGACGAGCCUGACCUGAAACAAGUAGAGGAAGAGCUGCUGGAAGAUGAGAAUGCUGCAAGUGCAAAGCUGUCGCAAGCAAGAGCUGCAAAUGUACAGGGUGAUACACUAAAUGCUAAAAGUACAAAUCCUGAAUUAGAAGCACUAAGUGAGGCUGUUUCAGGAACCACAAAUCCUACUUAUGAAACAGGAGAGGAAACAAACUCAUUUUAUAAGGAAGUUAAAAAAACAAUCAGCAUGCAAGAUGCAAGCGAGACUAGGAACAAAGAGGUUGACAUACCAGUGAGUGAAGAUGCUAAACUGGAUGAGAUGGAACGUGUCCUGGAAGAUGAUGAGUCUUCUGAAGCUGAGGAACCAUCAGCUGUGGAAGAACAUAAUUUCCAAUCUCCUGACACAGAAGACAGCAAUGACCUUAACCAAAGGAAAGAUCAUGUCCCAGAGAGCAUUUCACAGAAAGACUCAAAAGAGGUGCAAAUUUUACAGCAUACAAGAAAUGACCACCAGCAAUCUGCGCAUUUCCCCAGCCCUGGUGACAGCUCAGCAACCACAAACGACACUGUUACAGACUUCAGUGAGUCUGUGAAGCGGCUCACAAUAAUGAGAGAUUUUCUUGAUGAAAAGCGUGUAAUACGUCUACAAAAGUACCUUGGGCCUCAACACGUGGUUAGGCUAGAAGGCAUGUUUCACGACAUGAAGGUAGAGAUGGAGCUUGUUCGAAAAGCAAGCCGUAAUAACGAAGAGACAGAAAAAGCUUUGGACCAGAUACUUGAGUUUUCAGAAUCCAACAUUAUACAUGCUGUAGCAAAAGUUCUGGAUUCUAGAGUGGCAGAAAAUAAAGAGGAGGUAGUGAAAGAGAUGGAUUUGUAUGAUGAGGAGGGCGCGCUGAUGGAUGAUAUUCAAGAAUUAAUAUAUUCUUUAAGGAGUAAAUAUUUGUCUGCUAGUGAGAGUGUCCCACUUGCAUCUAUUCCAGAACAGGAAGAUGAUCAGCUGCACGUUCAAGAUGGUGCAAAAGAGGCUGAAUAUGACAGAGUUUCCAUCAGAAACCCAGAUGCCAUUGAUGAGAGCAAUCAGGAGUUUCAGCAUCUUGAAGAUAAGAGGCCAGAAGAGCCUACUGAGGAGGAGAGGGCUGUUAAUGUUCCACCUGAGCAUGAAGAGGCCAACUUCUCGGAUAAUAGAGAAGCUGAAGAAGGGUAUGAUAGUGAAAGAGUAUCGCUGCUGGAAGAUGCUUCCUUUGGGUCGAUUGAUUCAGGACAGAGUCCCAGGGAGGAUAUUGCUGCAGCGCCCUGGAGAGCCGGGGACCGUAACGUGAAGUCUCGCCCGAGAUGCCGCCGGGACCGCGGGGGCGGGGGGCGGGGAGCAGAAGCGAGUUCCCCCUUGCAGCCCUCCCCUGUCAGCGGCCGCGGCCGCUCCGUGCG